AUGGAUGAGGAGUCAGAAGUGCAGCAUGAAGACCACAAUGAAGAAAGUCAAGACCUAGAACUAGACCAGCGGGACACAACCGAACCUUGUGGUGGUGCUGAUGUUGUUACGAGACGUGAAGAGGACGACACCAGUGAGAAACCUGCAAGGAUUCAUCAAGAGAAGAGAAAGAGCCCCAGUCCUUUGUUGGUGGAGGAUGCUGAAGACACCAGUAAACUUCAUGAGAUGCAUGGCCUCCAAGAGCUUCAGGAACAGGAGGACAAAGUGAGCCGGCACAACUUGGAUCUGCAGGCCAAGCUAGCCUUCUACUUCAGCCAGAGGACCCCUGAGAAAGACACCAAGGUGGACGGGGUAGUGUCCACUCAGGACUACGACAAGUGCCUUAACUUCCUGGUGGACUGGAGGAGGCAGCACGCCGCUCAGGUGGAGAGUGCACGGCAACAGGAGGACGAGCUGAGGCUACACAGCCAAGAGGAGCUAGACAAGGUGGAGGAUGAAUGGCAAGCACUGUUGGCACUAAAGAGGAAGCUGGCAGUGUCACUGCUGAGUCGGCAUCUGGGCCAAGAGGCGGCACAGGCCAAAGUGGAAGCCGUGCUGGCGUCCGAGCGUGUCCACCGUGAAGAACUGAGGAGGCUGCGUGUGAAACACGUCACCUUGAAGAGCGGCGUGGAGCGUCUGGAGGCUGGUCUCCGUAAUGAAGAGGAGGAGCAGGCCAGGGAUCAUCUGCAGCUCCAGUUUGAGCAGCUGCUGGCCAACAGGAUGCAGCAGAGGAAAGUCUUUGAGCAAAAGAGCCAAGAGGCCUUGAAGCUCCACAAGAAGAUGAAGUGCACCUUGGAGCUGCUGUCCAACAUGAAGGAGAAGCUGCACUGGAGUCGCAUGGAGGUCCUGAGCAAGCGGGAGCAGCUGGCUCAGCUGGACGCCACGCUGGCUGCCAAGAGGGACCUUCUGAACGGGACCAAGCGGGCCUGCAGCCGCCUGCAGAGAAACAACGUGGAGCUGAAGCACGGCGGUGGACUGCUUGGACACAGACUGCUGCUGUGGGACUUUGGGGUCACUGUAGGCGCCUCCGAACUGCUGGAAGACAAACUAGACAAGCUCAAAUGUAGACGGGAAGAAAUUGUUUCAACAAAUUCAACAAAAUGA